AUGUACCUGCAAUCAGGGCAGAGCAAGAAUGGGUAUCAAACAUGCAAGGAGAUAUUUCACGGUGAAGCAGUUCGCAAUGCUGCGGAGCUACUUGUGGUGUAUUGCAUCGAUCCCCAACAUUACGAGAGAAGUUCUUGGGGCGACCACCGACGCUGUGGAGUACACAGGAGUGAGCUGAUUGCAGAGUCGCUGGAGGCUUUAUCCCAGUCUUUGGAAAAGAUCGGCUCCAAGCUGCACCUAGCCUUGGGACAGCCUGAAGAGGUGCUCCCUAGAUUGUUGGCACCUGGCUCUGUACUGCUGUACCAGGCAGAGGACACCCACGAUGAGCAGCAGGUGGAAGAGGCAGUGCAUGCUGCCCUUCCACAUGGUGUAGAUGUCCGGCGCCACUUUGGCCAAACAUUGCGCCAUAGAGAUGAUCUUGGUUUCGAUCUGAAGGAAUGGUUGCCACUACCUUUUGGGAAGUUUUAUCAUGAGACCUGCAACCAAGUUCAUCCGCGGCGUGAGCUAAGAGCCCCAGGCCAUGGAGAGCUGCCGCCAGUUCCAAAGAUUGACGCCAAUGCUGCAGAGAUCUUGGCAGUGAGACCAGAGACGAGCUCCAUAUUGGAGGCGAUGGGAUUCAAGGAGCGAGCUGAAUCCACGGGAGACUUCUGGAAGGGUGGAGAAGAGCAAGCACUGGAGCAACUGGAACGCUACUGUUCGAAAUCAGGACUGGGAUGUUAUCAGCAAACCCGCAAUCAACUUCAUGUGCAUUGCACCAGCCGCCUUUCACCCUGGAUGGCCAUUGGUUGCCUAUCACCGCGAACCGUGUUUUGGCGUGCUGAGAGGUUCGAGCGCGAAAAUGGAAAGGACGAGGAUCGGCGCUUCGAUCAUGUGCAGAAGUUUAUUUUUCAGCUGUGUUGGCGCGAUUAUUUUCGCUUUUAUUGUGCCCACUUUGGGCGGAUGGUGUUCUUCCCUUCCGGACCAGCAAAGCGCUGGAGGCCGUGGAAGCGGAAUGCAGAAGUGGAGCAGAGGUGGAAGGAGGGCAGGACGGGUGUGCCACUUGUUGAUGCCUUGAUGCGUGAACUGUUGGAGACGGGCUUUAUGGCAAACCGAGGGCGCUACAUCGUAGCUUCAUAUUUGGUGUUCUACCUGAACAUCGACUGGCGUGUAGGAGCUGAUUGGUUCGAGAGCCUACUCUUGGACCACGAUGUGUGCUCCAACUAUGGGGAGUGGGCUUCGAUGGCGAACGUGGCUGUUGACUUGGGGGAGAAAUAUCCGCUGGGGCUCAAGGGCCGUGGCCCAACUGGUGGACGCAAACCUGGUGCAAAGGGUGGAGGUGGUGACCCAUGGGCCAAGGGAGUGGAUCUUGGUGAUGCCAUUUUCGACCCUUUCGAACAGGCCCGACACUACGACCGCGAUGAAUCCUAUGUGCGACGUUGGCUGCCUGAACUUUCUGUGCUUCCAACUGGUUCAAUACAUACUGGAGGAGCAGUGAAGAGCUACCUCCCGCCAUUGGCCACGGAAGCCGCCAAGCUCGGCCGACAGAAGCUAAGGCAGCAGAAGGUGGCAGAGAAGUGGAAGGCUGACACGCGGCAACUCUGCCAUAUCGCAGCUGCGGGCUAUCCGACGAAGCGGGCGAUCGGAGUGACCGUCCUCGACGCUGGCAGGCGAAAGCAUCCAGGCUCAUCGGCGCAUGAGCGAAUGCCCGCAGUGACUGAGUAUGUGACAUGA